GCAUCCGAACAGCUGGUCCAGGCGCAUCCCGUGAUGCAGUGCGGCGACUGGCCGAGCUCCGAGCCGCCGGAUUAUGGCAUCCGGGACCCCCUCUCUUAAGACGAAUGGACGAGAACUGACAACAGCGACAUCAUGAGCGGAGGAGGAGGUGGUGGCGGCGGUAGCAACACGGCGCCCGGCCGCUUCGCUGAUUACUUUGUAAUCUGCGGGCUAGACACCGAUACCGGGCUGGAGCCAGAUGAACUCUCCGCACUAUGUGAGUACAUACAGGCUUCUAAAGCCAGAGAUGGGGUCGGACGUUACUUAUCCAGCGCUGCUGAAGGAGAGAAUUUUGAACAGACUCCUCUCAGGCGCACAUUUAAAUCGAAGGUUCUGGCUCGAUACCCUGAGAACGUUGAGUGGAACGCCUUUGACCAGGAUGCUGUUGGUAUGCUAUGUAUGCCUAAAGGACUGUCCUUCAAGACGCAAGCAGACUGCCGAGAACCACAAUUCCAUUCUUUCAUUAUUACAAGGGAAGAUGGAUCUAGGACAUUUGGGUUUUCUCUCACCUUCUUUGAGGAGGUCACCAGCAAACAGAUUUGUAGUGCCAUGCAAACGUUAUAUCACAUGCACAACGCAGAGUAUGAUAUCAUUCAUACUUCAGCAACCAAUGGCACAGAAUGCAAUGACGUAACUGAGGACUGUAAUGAUAUCUCGGUAACAAAGUUACAAAGGUUUAACUCUUAUGACAUUUCACGUGAUACAUUAUAUGUCUCCAAGUGCAUCUGCCUCAUUGCUCCUAUGUCUUUCAUGACUGCGUGUAAAAAAGUUCUCGAACAGCUUCAUCGAGCUGUGACAUCUCCCCAACCUCCGCCAUUACCGUUAGAAAGUUAUAUUUAUAACAUCCUUUAUGAAGUUCCUCUUCCACCAGCCGGGAGAUCCUUGAAGUUUUCUGGUGUCUAUGGACCGAUUAUAUGUCAAAGACCAAGCACCAAUGAGUUGCCGUUGUUUGACUUUCCAGUCCAGGAAGUUUUUGAGUUGCUGGGUGUGGAAAACGUUGUUCAGCUGUUUACUUGUGCUCUUCUGGAAUUUCAGAUACUGCUUUACUCACAACAUUACCAGAGAUUAAUGACCGUGGCAGAGACCAUCACUGGGCUUAUGUUUCCGUUUCAGUGGCAACAUGUGUAUGUUCCUAUACUCCCAGCUUCGCUGCUUCACUUCUUAGAUGCCCCUGUCCCUUAUCUAAUGGGCUUGCACUCUAAUGGGCUGGAUGACCGGUCUAAGCUGGAGCUGCCCCAAGAGGCCAAUCUUUGCUUCGUAGACAUAGACAACCAUUUUAUCGAGUUACCCGAGGACCUGCCUCAAUUCCCUAACAAGCUGGAGUUUAUUCAGGAAAUAUCUGAGACCCUAAUUGCUUUUGGGAUCCCUCCAGAGGGCAAUUUGCACUGCAGUGAGAGCGUCUCCAAACUGAAGAGCCUGAAAGUAGCUGACCUUGUGUCUGACAAGAAGAACGGAAACCUCGCUGGGUCACCGUUAGGCUCAUAUGAGUUUCUGAAAGAAAACAAGACCAUGGCCCGGCUUGAAGCUCUGGUAAAGAGGACUGGAGUGAGCAUGGAGAAGCAGGUGGAGGUGAAGGAGGAUAGCAGCGCCAGAAAAGAUGGAAAGUCUCAGUGUGAUGAAGAGGAGCUCCGUAUUCACCAGUUAAACAUUCAAGUCCGUGAAGUCUUUGCAAACCGUUUUACACAAAUGUUUGCCGACUACGAAGUGUUUGUGAUUCAGCCAAGUCAAGAUAAAGAGUCCUGGUUCACCAACAGGGAGCAGAUGCAAAACUUUGACAAAGCUUCAUUUUUAUCAGAUCAACCAGAACCUUAUCUUCCAUUUCUAUCACGAUUCCUGGAAACCCAAAUGUUUGCCUCGUUCAUUGACAAUAAAAUUAUGUACCACGAUGAUGACGACAAAGAUCCCAUCUUACGUGUCUUUGAUUCGAGAGUUGACAAAAUUAGACUGUUAAAUGUUAGAACGCCUACAUUGCGCACAUCUAUGUACCAGAAAUGCACUACUAUUGAGGAAGCAGUAAAAUCAAUAGAGCAGCGACUAGCAAAAAUAGAUCACACCGCUAUCCACCCGCAUUUGUUGGAUAUGAAGAUUGGACAGGGAAAAUAUGAACCUGGAUUCUUUCCCAAACUCCAGUCUGAUGUUCUUUCCAACGGUCCAGUUACCAACAAAUGGACAAAAAGAAAUGCACCAGCUCAAUGGAGGAAAAAAGAUAAACAGAAACAGCACUCUGAGCACCUUAGGCUUGAUAAUGACCAGAGAGAGAAAUACAUUCAAGAAGCAAGAAAUUUGGGAAGUACCAUUCGGCAGCCCAAGCUCUCAAACCUGUCGCCCUCUGUCAUUGCGCAGACAAAUUGGAAGUUUGUUGAGGGUUUGCUGAAGGAGUGCCGCAAUAAGACCAAGAGGAUGCUGGUUGAGAAGAUGGGGCGGGAAGCUGUGGAACUUGGCCACGGGGAGGUCAGCAUUACAGGCGUAGAGGAGAACACUUUAAUUGCAAGCCUUUGUGAUCUCCUUGAAAGGAUUUGGAGUCACGGUCUUCAAGUGAAGCAGGGGAAGUCCGCCUUAUGGUCCCAUCUGCUACAUUACCAGGAAAACAGGAAAAUCAUUACAUUAGGUAGUUUAUGCAACUCAGAUAUCCGUUUAGUUUUAGAAAGACGCAAAUCUGAUCCCUGCCCCGUCAUGCCUCCAUUGAAGAUCUCACUUGUACAGGAUAUGAGACAUAUUCAGAACAUUGGGGAAAUAAAAACGGAUGUGGGGAAAGCGCGAGCUUGGGUCAGGCUGUCUAUGGAGAAGAAGCUGCUGUCACGGCAUCUAAAGCAACUUCUACUGGAUCAGGAGCUUAGCAGAAAACUCUACAAACGAUACGCCUUCCUGCGUUGCGAUGAUGAAAAGGAACAAUUUCUUUACCAUCUGCUCUCGUUCAACGCUGUCGAUUAUUUUUGCUUUACCAAUGUAUUUACAACUAUCAUGAUCCCGUAUCACAUUGUGAUCGUCCCUAGCAAGAAGCUCGGAGGCUCUAUGUUCACGUCUAAUCCUUGGAUUUGUAUAUCGGGUGAACUGGGAGAAACGGGAGUGCUGCAAAUUCCCAGGAGUAUUUUAGAGAUGACAUAUGAGUGCCAGAACCUUGGGAAGCUGACGACCGUACAGAUCGGACAUGACAAUUCCGGGAUCUAUGCCAAGUGGCUGGUGGAACACGUCAUGGUUCGAAAUGAAAUAACCGGACACACAUAUAAGUUUCCGUGCGGCCGGUGGUUGGGGAAAGGAAUGGACGAUGGAAGCCUGGAGAGAGUUUUGGUUGGAGAUUUACUUACAUCAAAUACUGAGACUGAAGAGAGACCCUGCAGGACACCACCACUGCAACACUCCCCAAGUAUGAUCCGGAGGCUGGUAGCAAUAUCCCCUAACAGCAAACCAAAAUUAAAUACAGGUCAGAUUCAAGAGUCAAUUGGUGAAGCUGUGAAUGGCAUUGUGAAGCACUUCCAUAAGCCGGAGAAAGAGAGGGGCAGUUUAACGUUGCUGCUGUGUGGAGAAAAUGGACUGGUUUCUGCCUUGGAACAAGUGUUUCAGCAUGGGUUCAAAUCCCCAAGACUCUUCAAAAGUGUUUUCAUAUGGGACUUUCUAGAAAAAGCACAAGCACAUUAUGAGGCUCUUGAGAUGAAUGAAUUUGUGUACGAGGAAGACUGGAUGCAAAGGGCACGCAACUUUUGUCGGUUUAUUAAUGCGAUCAAUAACACGCCUAGGAAUAUUGGAAAGGAUGGCAAGUUUCAGAUGUUUGUUUGCUUGGGAGCCAGGGACCAUUGUCUGCAUCACUGGAUCGCCUUGCUUGCAGAUUGCCCUAUCAUAGCACAAAUGUAUGAGGACACCGCUUUGAUCAAAGACCACACUUUAGUAAACUCCUUAAUCAGAGUUCUGCAGACCCUGCAGGAGUUUAACAUCACUUUGGAAACAUCCCUCGUGAAAGGAAUAAACAUCUGAUUAUCGAGAACUGAGCAAGACCGUAAGAGAAACCACAUACUGUGCACAGAGACAUCAUCUACCUAGUCUUUUGCUACACCGAAUCACAGCUUCUCUAGAUUUACAGCAACUCGGCUGACGCAAAGACUUUGUCACUCUGUCGGACACUGGACUGGAGAGUUUUUAUUUUGUCGUUUGCUUUUCGACUUCUUACAUUCAUAUGAAAGCGGUUUAAGUGAAUAUUGCACAGAUUAUUGGAAUGCUGCUGUAUUUACUUGCCAUGGAUAUUGUGCAAAGAACCAUUACUUUGUCUAAUUAUAUUGUCUUUGCUGAUGUUACAUAUGACCACGUCUAAAGAUUUUUCUAAAACGUCUGUUACAUUGUAUUGAUAUUUUGCUUUUAAAGCAUGUCACCCAACGCCCCAUCGCUGUUACAGACAAAUAUUUACAUAUUUUUUAAUGUUCUUGUGCUUGAUCACAUUGUUAGUGAGCCAUAACUUUCUUUGUCAGUAUUACUUUCAUCUGUGAGGUCAACAGAUAUUUUAUCUAUUGCUAUAUAAGUGCACAUUUUUUUGUUGUUAAUUCUUGCAUUAUUUUUUAUUUAUUGAGGGAUUUAUGAUUUUGUUCUCCAAAUCUGUUCAACAGUGUAGAUACCUCUCUGGAGGAGUUAAAUCUGUUUGGAAGUGGAGGAACCUUUUUAUCUGGAGACAUCUGAAUAGAUGGCAUUAAUGCUCUUACAAGUGACUUUUUUUAUUGCCUGAGUCUGACGUAAUCUUAUUCUGCUGCUUCUUUAGCAAUAAUAUGAAGACAACUGGCAACUCCACUAAAGAACUAUCUUACAUUAACUCCUUUUAAUCAGGUGCCAAGUUUUAUUGUCUACCAAGAAUAUAAACUCACAUUGGCCCAUCAGAAUCAGGAGGUACUUUUGCACAAUGCAGACUAAAAAUAAAAUACAUUUACACAA